AUGUCCGGUUAUGACAGCGAAAGGUUUGUCCGAUUGGCUGAAUCGGAAGUACAAGAGUUGAGUUGCGGGGUAUUCUGUGUCGACCAAAGUUGGCUUAACACAAGCCAUACCUGUCCUUUCGAUAGGAAAGUGCUGACCACCAGUGGACUGUCUGAUCCGCCCCGAAUUGCAACCAAUAUGUUAUCAAAGUUGGAGAUCACAUGCGAUUUCAAAGACAACGGCUGUCCAGUAGUGGUCAGUUUGGGACAGUUGUCUGAGCACAGCCUCAAGUGUGACUACAAUUUAGUCAAAUGCUAUAAAUGUUUCCAAAGUAUUCACAAAAACCGUGAACACGAUUGCCUACAAACGCUGCUCGACUUGAAUAUCAAAUUGAAGUUAGAGAGAGACAACUUGCUGGACACUAUUCAACACAUGUCCACCGAUAAUGGAUUACCAUUGCCUUUUCAUUUUAUGAAUACAUUGCAGCCAAAUGUGGAGCGCAAGCCUGCGUUUCCACCGCUACCUAAGACAUCACACAUAAUGGAAGUGACAGAAUAUGAGGCAAUAGUAAUGUGUAGAAAUCAAUCCGUUGUGAUACAAGUCGCGGAAAACAACAUGAAUGAAGAGAUGACAGGAAUGGCUAUGAAUAUAAUCAGUCAACAGAUCCACGGCUACUCGAGUCUUGCGUUGAUUUGCGAGAAAAUUGUCCACAAAAUGAAUGACACGUUUGGCAGAGAGUGGCACUCGAGCGCUGACUUCAGGAGUGGCAGCAAAUCCUACACUGAAUUCAAAUCACAAUUUGAUAUCAAAAUACAAUUUGGUUUACUAUACCUUCAC